GCGGUGUCGCUCCCAGUGCUAUCUGCAGGCAGGCCAGCUUCCUCUGCGCUCCGGAAAGCUGCGGCCCAGCGCGGACUAGUGAGGACCUCCACAGCUCCUGACAUUGCUAGGCGUGCUGUCGGCGUUUUCUCCCAGGCUCCGCCAUGCCGGCGGUGCUGGGUUUUGAAGGCAGCGCCAAUAAGAUUGGCGUGGGUGUGGUGCGGGAUGGCAAGGUGCUGGCGAACCCGCGGCGGACUUAUGUCACACCUCCGGGCACAGGAUUCCUUCCAGGUGAUACAGCCAGGCAUCACCGAGCUGUUAUCCUAGAUCUGCUGCAGGAGGCACUAACAGAGUCUGGAUUAACCUCCCAGGAUAUCGAUUGCAUUGCGUACACCAAGGGCCCUGGCAUGGGUGCCCCACUGGUUUCUGUGGCUGUUGUGGCCCGUACUGUGGCCCAGCUAUGGAAUAAGCCGUUGAUGGGUGUGAACCACUGUAUAGGCCACAUUGAGAUGGGCCGCCUCAUCACUGGAGCCACCAGCCCAACCGUGUUGUAUGUGAGUGGAGGAAACACGCAGGUGAUUGCAUACUCGGAACAUCGUUACCGUAUCUUUGGGGAAACCAUCGAUAUUGCAGUGGGUAAUUGUCUGGAUCGUUUCGCUCGAGUGCUGAAGAUUUCUAAUGACCCAAGUCCAGGAUACAACAUUGAACAGAUGGCAAAGCGAGGCAAGAAGCUAGUUGAGCUGCCAUACACUGUAAAGGGGAUGGACGUCUCAUUCUCAGGGAUCCUGUCUUUCAUUGAGGAUGUAGCCCAUCGGAUGCUGGCCACAGGCGAGUGUACUCCUGAGGAUCUGUGUUUCUCCCUGCAGGAAACUGUGUUUGCGAUGCUGGUAGAGGUCACAGAGCGAGCCAUGGCACAUUGUGGCUCCCAGGAGGCCCUCAUUGUGGGAGGAGUGGGGUGUAAUGUGAGGCUACAGGAGAUGAUGGCAACAAUGUGCCAGGAACGUGGAGCCCGGCUUUUUGCUACAGAUGAGAGAUUCUGUAUUGACAAUGGAGCCAUGAUAGCCCAGGCUGGCUGGGAGAUGUUUCGGGCCGGACACAGGACCCCACUCAGUGAUUCUGGGGUUACACAGAGGUAUCGGACAGAUGAAGUAGAGGUGACCUGGAGGGACUAAUAAGAUUAACAGAAUCAGAGUAGCUAGUUCCUUAACUGGAACCCAAAGGACCCUGUGCCUCAAUCUCUAUCCUGAUGUCAUGGGAGUCCUAGCAAAGCUAUAGACUCCAGGCAAGGCUUGGGAUCCUUUAUGGAACCCCAAGAUGACUCAGCAAUAAAAUAUUUUUGGUUUUUUGGUUUUGUA